UGAAGAAACUGAUUGAGCGCUUCUGCAAGCGCUUCCAGCUGGAGUUACGUCAGGUGGCUCCGAACACUGCCCUGUUCUCGGCUCGUGCCACCAUGCACUACCUGUUCUACCGGCGCUUUAAAGAGGACAGCAUCAAGCCGGACGACUGCGAGGACUUCCUGGUGGACAUUCUGGCCGACUACCCGGAGCUGAUUCAGAGCGCGCUCGAUAUCCUGAGCCGGAAGCAGGCGUACCGCACAGGCGUGAAUGUAGCGCUGACGCUGGGCGUGCCGGAGCGCGAGCUGCCGCCGGACCUGGCGCACCACUACCACUAUCCGCCGGAGAUGGACGCCGACAUGGAGGACCGGCCGGCGGCCAGCCCGCACGCCCGUCAGUUCUACCGGAUGCCGGACGUGCGAGUGGAGCUGGUGGACAGGAUGGAGCAGCUGCCGACCGUGUGCGACGCGCUGGAGCAGUACGACGGCGUGCUUGGACUGGACGCCGAGUGGAAGCCAAUCACCGUACGAGACUGGAACAGGGUCUCGCUGCUCCAGGUGGCCACCAGCCGGCUGGUGUACGUGCUGGACCUGCUGCAGCUGACGGUGGUGUCGCCGCUGAUGGAGAGGCUCGGCGCCGCCAUCCUCUGCGGAGACAACCUCAAACUGGGGUACGACCAGGUGAGCGACUUCGACAUGCUGGAGAGUUCAGUGCCGUCAUUCGCGAAGGCCAUCAUGGGCAAGAAGAACAUGAUGGACGUCAAAACCCUCGGCAGUCGUGUCGAGGAGGCGUUUCCAAACAUUUUCCCGUACAAGGAAGCGCCGGCCGCGCGCGGCCAGGACGGCGCCGGCCGCCGCAAGUCCAAGGAAGCGGUCAAGGGCCUCAGCGAGCUGGUGCGCAAGUGCCUGGGCAAGCCGCUCAACAAGGAGGAACAGUGCUCCAACUGGGGUCGCCGUCCGCUGCGCUCCAGCCAGCUGCAGUACGCCGCCUCGGACGCCUACUGCCUGAUCGAGGUAUACAACACACUGCGGGACGCGCUGUACGACCGCGAGGGCACCACGCCGGCCGCCGUUCUCAAGUGCAUCAUCACAAACACCGCGGCGCCCGCCAAGGCGCCGUCGGCCGCCAAGAACAAGCAGAAAAAGAGGCCCGCCGCGCCCGCGGGCAAGGGGCCCGAGCUGGAGAACGCGCCGCCGCCGAACGCGCGCGCCAUCCGGCCGGCGGCGUUCCGCGCCGUGUGCGACACCAUGGUGCAGGGCCUGGGCAAGAAGCUGCGCAGCAUCGGAGCCGACACAGUCAUACUCGAGAACGGCGAGGAUCACGACACGUGCGUGGUGCUGGCGCAGCGCGAGGGACGCAUCAUCCUGACGCGCGGCCGCGCCCUGCACCGGCGCAUGGUCGGCCUUGUGCCGGCCGGCCACUGCUACCACGUGGCGGCGGAGCGUGCCGCCGACCAGCUGGAGGAGGUGGUCCGCCACUUCAUGCUGGACGUGGCUCCCGAGGACGUGCUGCGCCGCUGUCAGCACUGUAACUCGGGCGACUACUGGCACGUGCCGGGCGGCGUGAUCGACUGCACGGUGUUGGUGCAGGCGGCCGGCCUGCACACCACCACUCUGGACGCCACCGACACCUUCUACGUGUGCCAGAGCUGCGGCCACGUCUACUGGGCCGGCUCCCACUACGGCAAAUACAUGGCGGGCCUGGGCCGCAUUGUGGGCGGGGCGCACGGGGAGGGCGCGUGCGGAGGCCCCACCGACGCCGCGCCCACCGCCCAGCUCAACUCCAUGAGCAUGGCGUGCGGCUCCUGA